CCGCCGGGCGCGCGCCUCGCGCCUCGCCCCUUCCCGAGUGCCCGUCGCCAUGAGCGUCAACGGAGGCUCCCACCCGCGGAUCAACACGCUGGGCCGCCUGACCCGCGCCGAGUCCGGCCCGGACCUGCGCUUCGAGGUGACGGGCGGCGGGGGCGGCGGGGGCACGAGCAGGAUGUACUACUCGCGGCGCUGCACGGUGGACCAGAACUCCGACGGCUACGGCCAAACUGGCACGAUGCCCAGGCACCAGAACCAGAACACCAUCCAGGAGCUGCUGCAGAAUUGCGCUGACUGCCUGAUGCGGGCGGAGCUGAUCGUGCAGCCGGAACUGAAGUACGGAGAUGGAAUACAGCUGGCCCGGAGCAGAGAGCUGGAUGAGUGCUUCGCGCAGGCCAACGAGCAGAUGGAAGUCACCGACAGCUUGCUCCGGGAGAUGCGGCAGAUGGGCCAGCCGUGUGACGCUUACCAGAAGAGACUGCUGCAGCUCCAGGAGCAAAUGCGAGCCCUUUACAAAGCCAUCAGCGUCCCCCGCGUGCGCAGGGCCAGCUCCAAGGGCGGUGGAUACACGUGUCAGAGCGGCUCCGGGUGGGACGAGUUCACCAAGCGCCUCACCAGCGAGUGUGUGGGGUGGAUGAGGCAGCAAAGGGCGGAGAUGGACAUGAUGGCCUGGGGUGUGGAUCUGGCCUCGGUGGAGCAGCACAUCAACAGCCACAGGAGCAUCCACAACGCCAUCGGGGACUACCGCUGGCAGCUGGACAAGAUCAAGGCCGACCUGCGUGAGAAGUCUGCCAUCUACCAGCUGGAGGAGGAGUAUGAGAACCUGCUGAAAGCAUCCUUCGAGAGGAUGGACCACCUGCGGCAGCUGCAGAACAUCAUCCAGGCCACCUCCCGCGAGAUCAUGUGGAUCAACGACUGCGAGGAGGAGGAGCUGCUGUACGACUGGAGCGACAAGAACACCAACAUCGCUCAGAAGCAGGAGGCCUUCUCGAUACGCAUGAGUCAACUGGAAGUCAAGGAAAAAGAACUGAAUAAACUCAAACAAGAAAGUGACCAGCUUGUCCUCAAUCAGCAUCCGGCUUCUGACAAAAUCGAGGCGUACAUGGACACCCUGCAGACGCAGUGGAGCUGGAUUCUGCAGAUCACCAAGUGCAUCGACGUGCACCUCAAGGAGAACGCCGCCUACUUCCAGUUUUUUGAAGAGGCACAGUCCACUGAAGCCUACCUGAAGGGCCUCCAGGACUCCAUCAGGAAGAAGUACCCCUGUGACAAGAACAUGCCCCUGCAACACCUGCUGGAGCAGAUCAAAGAGCUCGAGAAAGAGCGAGAGAAAAUCCUGGAAUACAAACGCCAGGUGCAGAACCUGGUGAACAAGUCCAAGAAGAUUGUGCAGCUGAAGCCGCGGAACCCAGACUACAGGAGCAGCAAGCCCAUCAUCCUGAGGGCGCUCUGCGACUACAAGCAGGACCAGAAAAUCGUGCACAAAGGGGACGAGUGUAUCCUCAAGGACAACAACGAGCGCAGCAAGUGGUACGUCACCGGCCCGGGGGGCGUGGACAUGCUCGUGCCCUCGGUCAGCCUCAUCAUCCCGCCGCCGAACCCCCUGGCCGUGGAGCUCUCCUCCAAGAUUGAGCAGUACUAUGAAGCUAUCUUGGCCCUGUGGAACCAGCUGUACAUCAACAUGAAGAGCCUGGUGUCCUGGCACUACUGCAUGAUCGACAUUGAGAAAAUCAGGGCCAUGACCAUUGCCAAGCUGAAGACCAUGAGGCAGGAAGACUACAUGAAGACCAUCUCCGACCUGGAGUUGCAUUACCAAGAGUUCAUCCGCAACAGCCAGGGCUCAGAGAUGUUCGGUGACGAUGACAAGCGCAAGAUACAGUCCCAGUUCACCGACGCCCAGAAACACUACCAGACGCUGGUCAUCCAGCUGCCCGGCCACCCGCAGCAUCAGACAGUUACCACAACCGAGAUCACCCAUGUUGGUUCCUGCCAAGACGUGAACCAUAAUAAGGUAAUUGAAACCAACAGAGAAAAUGACAAGCAGGAAACGUGGCUGCUGAUGGAGCUGCAGAAGAUUCGGCGGCAGAUGGAGCACUGUGAGGGCAGGAUGAGCCUGAAGAACCUCCUUCUGACUGACCAAGGCUCCUCCCACCACAUCACAGUGAAAAUCAACGAGCUCAAGAGCGUGCAGAAUGAUUCACAAGCAAUUGCUGAAGUUCUCAACCAGCUCAAAGACCUGCUUGCCAACUUCCGAGGUUCCGAGAAGUACUGCUAUCUUCAGAAUGAAGUGUUUGGAUUGUUCCAGAAGCUGGAGAAUAUCAAUGGUGUUACAGAUGGCUAUUUAAACAGCUUGUGCGCGGUGCGAGCCCUGCUCCAGGCCAUCCUGCAAACUGAAGACAUGUUGAAGGUUUACGAAGCCAGACUCACUGAAGAAGAGACGGUGUGCCUGGAUCUUGACAAAGUGGAAGCUUACCGCUGUGGACUGAAGAAAAUAAAGAACGACUUGAACUUGAAGAAGUCCCUGUUGGCCACCAUGAAGACAGAGCUGCAGAAAGCUCAGCAGAUCCACUCUCAGACCUCACAGCAGUACCCGCUGUAUGACCUGGACCUGGGCAAGCUCAGUGAGAAAGUCACGCAGCUGACCGACCGCUGGCAGAGAAUCGACAAGCAGAUCGACUACAGAUUAUGGGACCUGGAGAAACAAAUCAAGCAACUGAGGAAUUAUCGCGAUAACUACCAAGGAUUCUGCAAGUGGCUCUAUGAUGCCAAGCGCCGCCAGGACUCCUUGGAAUCCAUGAAGUUUGGGGAUUCCAACACCGUCAUGCGCUUCUUGAAUGAGCAGAAGAAUUUGCACAAUGAAAUAUCUGGCAAACGAGACAAAUCAGAGGAAGUACAAAAAGUUGCUGAACUUUGUGCAAAUUCGAUUAAGGAUUACGAACUCCAGCUGGCGUCGUACACUUCGGGGCUGGAGACUCUCCUGAACAUACCCAUCAAGAGAUCAAUGGUGCAGUCCCCUUCCGGGGUGAUCAUGCAGGAGGCUGCAGAUAUCCACGCUCGGUACAUAGAAUUACUUACAAGAUCUGGAGACUAUUACAGAUUCUUAAGCGAGAUGCUGAAGAGUUUAGAGGAUCUGAAGCUGAAAAAUACCAAGAUUGAGGUUUUGGAAGAGGAGCUCAGACUGGCCCGAGAUGCCAACUCAGAAAAUUGCAACAAGAACAAGUUCCUGGAUCAGAACCUGCAGAAGUACCAGGCGGAGUGCUCCCAGUUCAAGGCGAAGCUCGUGAGCCUGGAGGAGCUCAAGAGACAGGCAGAGCUGGACGGGAAGUCGGCCAAGCAGAACCUGGACAAGUGCUACACCCAAAUCAAAGAGCUCAACGAGAAGAUCACGCGGCUCACGUACGAGAUUGAGGACGAGAAGAGGAGGAGGAAGACCGUGGAAGACAGAUUCGACCAGCAGAAGAGCGACUACGACCAGCUGCAGAAAGCCAGGCAGAGCGAGAAGGAGAGCCUCGGCUGGCAGAAGCUAGAGUCUGAGAAAGCCAUCAAGGAGAAGGAGUACGAGAUAGAGAGGCUGAGGGUCCUGCUGCAGGAGGAGGGCGCCCGGAAGAGAGAGUAUGAGAGUGAGCUGGCAAAGGUAAGGAACCACUAUAAUGAGGAGAUGAGUAAUUUAAGGAACAAGUACGAAACAGAGAUUAACAUAACGAAGACCACCAUCAAGGAGAUAUCCAUGCAGAAAGAGGAUGAUUCCAAAAACCUGCGGAAUCAGCUGGACCGGCUGUCCCGGGAGAACCGGGACCUGAAGGACGAGAUCGUGCGGCUCAACGACGGCAUCGUGCAGGCCAGCGAGCAGCGCCGGCGCGCCGAGGAGACCGCCCAGCAGCACAAGGCCAGCGGCUCGGAGAUGCAGCAGAAGAAGCAGCACCUGGAGCUGGAGCUGAAGCAGGUCAUCCAGCAGCGCUCGGAGGACAACGCCAGGCACAAGCAGUCCCUGGAGGAGGCCGCCAAGACCAUCCAGGACAAGAACAAGGAGAUCGAGCGGCUCAAGGCCGAGUUCCAGGCGGAGGCCAAGCGCCGCUGGGAGUAUGAGAAUGAACUGGGUAAGGUAAGGAACAGUUACGAUGAGCAGAUCAUCAGCCUGAAGAACCAGUUCGAGACGGAGAUCAACAUCACCAAGACCACCAUCCACCAGCUGACCAUGCAGAAGGAGGAGGACACGAGCGGGUACCGCGCACAGAUUGACCAGCUCACCAGGGAGAACCGGAGCUUGUCGGAGGAGGUCAAGCGGCUCAAGAGCACCCUCGCGCAGGCCACCGACAGCCUCCGCAGGGUGGAGGACAGCAUGCAGCAGCAGAAGGCCAGCGGCUCGGAGAUGGCCCAGCGCAAGCAGCAGCUGGAGGCCGAGCUCAGGCAGGUGACCCAGAUGCGCACGGAGGAGGGCCUGCGGUACAAGCAGUCUCUCGACGACGCUGCCAAGACGAUUCAGGACAAAAACAAGGAGAUCGAAAGACUGAAGCAGCUGAUAGACAAAGAGACCAAAGAGCGGAAGUGCCUGGAAGACGAGAACGUGAAGCUGCAAAGGGUCCAGUACGACCUGCAGAAGGCAAACAGCAGUGCCACCGAGACGAUCGGCAAGCUCAAGGUGCAGGAGCAGGAGCUGACGCGCCUGAGGCUCGACUACGAGCGGGUGGCUCAGGAGAGGGCCACCAAGGACCAGGAUCUCGCGCGGUUCCAGAGCUCUCUCAAAGAGCUGCAGGUGCAGAAGCAGAAGGUGGAAGAGGAGCUGAGCUGGCUCAAGAGGACGGCCUCCGAAGACUCCUCCAAGAGGAAGAAGCUGGAAGAGGAGCUAGAAGGCAUGAGGAGGUCUCUGAAGGAGCAGGCCACCAGAAUCAGCAGCCUGACCCAGCAGCUGGAGCAGGCAUCCGUGGUCAAGAAGAGGAGCGAGGACGACCUCCGGCAGCAGAGGGACGUGCUGGAGGGCCACCUGCGGGAGAAGCAGAGGACGCAGGAGGACCUGCGCAGGCUCUCCGCUGAGGUGGAGGCCCUGCGGCGGCAGCUGGUGCAGGAGCAGGAGAGCGUCAAGCAGGCCCACUUGAGGAACGAGCAUUUCCAGAAGGCCAUAGAAGAGAAGAGCAGGAGCCUCAACGAAAGCAAAAUCGAGAUCGAGAGGCUGCAGUCCCUCACGGAGAACCUGACCAAGGAGCACCUGAUGCUGGAGGAGGAGCUGCGCAACCUGCGGCUGGAGUACGACGACCUGCGACGGGGCCGCAGCGAGGCCGACAGCGACAAGAACGCCACCAUCUCCGAGCUCAGGAGCCAGCUGCAGAUCAGCAACAACCGGACCCUGGAGCUGCAGGGCCUCAUUAAUGAUUUGCAGAGAGAGAGGGAAAAUUUGAGACAGGAAAUUGAAAAAUUCCAAAAGCAGGCUUUAGAGGCAUCUAAUAGGAUUCAGGAAUCGAAGAACCAGUGCAGCCACGUGGUACAGGAAAGGGAGAGCCUGCUGGUGAAGAUCAAAGUCCUGGAGCAGGACAAGGCGAGGCUGCAGAGGCUGGAGGACGAGCUGAGCCGCGCCAAGGCCACGCUCGAGGCGGAGACCAGGGUGAAGCAGCGCCUGGAGAGCGAGAAGCAGCAGAUCCAGAACGACCUGAACCAGUGGAAGACGCAGUAUUCCCGCAAGGAGGAGGCCAUCCGGAAGAUCGAGUCGGAGCGGGAGAAGAGCGAGCGGGAGAAGAACAGCCUGCGGAGCGAGAUCGAGCGGCUGCAGGCCGAGAUCAAGAGGAUCGAGGAGCGGUGCCGGCGCAAGCUGGAGGACUCGAGCCGGGAGACGCAGUCGCAGCUCGAGACCGAGCGCUCCCGGCUGCAGCGGGAGAUCGAGAAGCUGCAGCAGCGCCCGUACGGGUCCCACCGGGAGACCCAGACCGAGUGCGAGUGGACUGUCGACUCCUCCAAGCUGGUGUUCGACGGGCUGAGGAAGAAGGUGACAGCCAUGCAGCUCUACGAGUGCCAGCUGAUCGACAAGACGACGCUGGACAAGCUGUUGAAGGGCAAGAAGUCGGUGGAAGAGGUUGCCUCGGAAAUCCAGCCUUUCCUCCGGGGCGCGGGCGCCAUCGCUGGAGCGUCUGCUUCUCCCAAGGAGAAAUACUCGUUGGUGGAGGCCAAGAGGAAGAAGCUCAUCAGCCCGGAGGCCACGGUCAUGCUCCUGGAGGCCCAGGCGGCCACGGGCGGCGUCAUCGACCCCCACCGGAAUGAAAAGCUGACCGUGGACAACGCCAUCGCGCGGGACCUCAUCGACUUCGACGACCGCCAGCAGAUCUACAUGGCGGAAAAGGCCAUCACGGGUUUCGAUGACCCAUUUUCAGGCAAGACGGUGUCUGUGUCGGAAGCCAUCAAGAAAAAUUUGAUCGACAGGGAGACUGGCAUGCGCCUGCUGGAAGCCCAGCUUGCUUCGGGGGGCGUGGUGGACCCCGUGAACAGUGUCUUUUUGCCAAAAGAUGUCGCUUUGGCCCGCGGGCUCAUUGACAGAGAUUUGUACCGGUCCCUGAACGAUCCCCGAGACAGUCAGAAAAACUUUGUGGAUCCAGUCACGAAGAAGAAGGUGAGUUACAUGCAGCUGCGGGAGCGGUGCCGCGUGGAGCCGCACACGGGUCUGCUCCUGCUGUCGGUCCAGAAGAGGAGCAUGUCCUUCCAGGGCAUCCGCCAGCCCGUGACCGUCACUGAGCUCGUAGAUUCCGGGAUCCUGAGGCCGUCCACCGUGAACGAGCUGGAGUCGGGCCAGAUUUCUUACGAUGAGGUCGGCGAAAGAAUUAAGGACUUCCUCCAGGGUUCGAGCUGCAUAGCAGGCAUCUACAAUGAGACCACCAAGCAGAAGCUCGGCAUCUAUGAGGCCAUGAAAAUUGGCUUGGUCCGACCAGGCACCGCUCUGGAAUUGCUGGAAGCCCAGGCUGCGACUGGCUUCAUCGUAGACCCUGUGAGCAACUUGAGGUUACCGGUGGAGGAGGCCUAUAAAAGAGGCCUGGUGGGGAUCGAGUUCAAGGAGAAGCUGCUGUCUGCGGAGCGAGCCGUGACAGGUUAUAACGACCCCGAGACCGGAAAUAUCAUCUCUCUGUUCCAAGCCAUGAACAAGGAGCUCAUCGAGAAGGGCCACGGCAUCCGCCUACUGGAAGCCCAGAUCGCCACCGGGGGCAUCAUUGACCCCAAGGAGAGCCAUCGCCUACCCGUGGACAUGGCCUACAAGCGGGGCUAUUUCAAUGAGGAGCUCAGCGAGAUCCUUUCCGAUCCGAGCGACGACACGAAAGGAUUCUUUGAUCCCAACACGGAAGAAAAUCUCACGUACCUGCAGCUCAAAGAAAGAUGCAUUAAGGACGAGGAGACGGGGCUCUGUCUUCUGCCCUUGAAGGAAAAGAAGAAGCAGGUGCAGACGUCCCAGAAGAACACCCUGCGGAAACGGAGAGUGGUCAUAGUGGACCCAGAGAGCAGCAAGGAGAUGUCCGUGCAGGAGGCCUACAAGAAGGGCCUGAUCGACUACGAGACCUUCAAGGAGCUGUGUGAGCAGGAGUGCGAGUGGGAGGAGAUCACCAUCACGGGCUCCGACGGCUCCACGCGCGUCGUGCUGGUCGACAGGAAGACGGGCAGCCAGUACGACAUUCAGGACGCCAUUGACAAGGGCCUGGUGGAGAGGAAGUUCUUUGAUCAGUACCGGUCCGGCAGCCUCAGUCUCACUCAGUUUGCCGACAUGAUCUCCUUGAAAAACGGCGCCAGUGGCGGUGGCGGCGGAGGGGCCGGCCUAGCCGGGAGCAUCGGUGACGAUGUCUUCAGUAGCUCCAGACACGAGUCCGUCAGCAAGAUCUCCACCAUCUCCAGCGUCCGGAAUCUGACCAUCCGCAGCAGCUCGCUGUCCGACCCGCUGGAAGAGUCCAGCCCCAUUGCGGCCAUCUUUGACACGGAAAACCUGGAGAAGAUCUCCAUCACGGAGGGCAUCGAGCGGGGCAUCGUGGACAGCAUCACUGGGCAGCGGCUGCUGGAGGCCCAGGCGUGCACGGGCGGCAUCAUCCACCCCACCACAGGGCAGAAGCUGUCGCUGCAGGACGCCGUCUCCCAGGGGCUCAUUGACCAGGAUAUGGCCACGAGGCUCAAGCCCGCCCAGAAAGCCUUCAUCGGCUUCGAGGGCGUCAAGGGCAAGAAGAAGAUGUCGGCCGCCGAGGCCGUGAAAGAGAAGUGGCUCCCCUAUGAGGCCGGGCAGCGCUUCCUGGAGUUCCAGUUCCUCACGGGGGGCCUCGUCGACCCCGAAGUGCACGGCCGGAUAAGCACAGAGGAGGCCAUCAGGAAGGGCUUCAUUGACGGCCGAGCCGCCCAGAGGCUGCAAGACACCAGCAGCUACGCCAAGAUCCUCACCUGCCCCAAGACCAAGUUGAAAAUCUCCUACAAGGAUGCCAUGAAUCGCUCCAUGGUGGAGGAUAUCACGGGGCUACGCCUUCUGGAGGCCGCGUCCGUGUCCUCCAAGGGCUUACCCAGCCCCUACAACAUGUCCUCGGCGCCCGGCUCGCGCUCCGGCUCGCGCUCCGGCUCGCGGUCAGGGUCGCGCUCCGGCUCGCGCUCCGGCUCCCGGAGGGGAAGCUUCGACGCCACGGGCAACUCCUCCUUCUCCUAUUCCUACUCCUUCAGUAGUAGCUCUAUCGGGCACUAGUGGGCUUCUUGGGCGGGUGUUCUGUGCCCUCGUUGGCAUUGAUUUCCACUUAGGUAGUGAUAAUAAUAACAAUUUUAAAAAAUGGUGCUUGGCGAUAUAGUGAUAGAAUUUUGCUGUGCUUCAAGAAAACAGCCAUGCUUGACAUCAGCUAGCGAAAGGCUGUGGUGGCAUUUUCUUUUUAGUUCAUGUAAUGCAGUGCACUGGUGUGCCGAAUGAUCAGCUGUAAGGAUAGCACAAAUCGAAGUUAGAAUUUGUUUCCGCUCUGUUUAGAUUUCUGACCAAUUCUGCUUCAACUUCUUUGGACUAUAAUCCAGAUUUCAGUACUUGGAAAUAAACUGGUCACUGGUAACGUUAGCCGUUCGGCCCCUCAUCCAUAUAUUUUCAUGUUCUGUAUUAGGAGAAAAUCGCAUCCCUGCACAACCAUCCCUAUCCCGACUGUUUGGGAGUGAGUCCUUGUUAGGAUCCUUUAGGAUGUGGAUUGUAAAGCCCAUAUGCCCUUUAAUGUACUUGUUUGGUUUGCUAUUAAUUUGACUGUAUUGGCGUGAUAGCAGUAAUCUUUAGUUUUCUUGGGUCAAAGUUCUCUGUUUAUUUUGCUUGUCAUUUUCUAUGUACUUUAAAAAAGCAUCUUUAUGAAGUUUGCAGUUCUAGCAAUAAACUUUUAGACUUU